GCAAGGUGUUUGUGUGUAGUAGCAAAGUGUGAAAGUUAUGUGUGGACGUCCGGUUGCUGAUCUUAUUUUUCAUUUAUUUUUUAUUCGUGAUUUGUGAAGGAAUACAAACGUAAUAUAGUAUCAUUCCAACUGAAAAAAAAUGUUUUUAUUUAGCUAUGUAACUUAAAUAUGAUGUUGUGAAGUGAAUGCAUUUGUGACAAAAAAAAUUGCAGAACUUUCCCAUUGAUAACAAUUCACGGGCUCGGACGUCGUAAAAUGAUUUAACCUUUGCAAGAAGCGAUCGAGGACCUCUCUGAAUUCGCUCAAAAUGACUACGGAUAGAUUCCACAAAGCAGCCAAAGAUGGCCUCCUCGAUGUGUUGCGGGAGGCCACCAGGAAGGAAUGCAACAACAAGGACGAGUCAGGGAUGACCCCCACCCUUUGGGCAGCCUUCGAAGGUCACAUCGAGGCGCUUCGACUGCUGUGUGGACGGGGUGGGGAACCCGACAAAGCAGAUUACUUCGGCAACACAGCACUGCACUUCGCCGCGGCGCGCGGGCACAAGGAUUGCGUCACGUUUCUUGUAAAUUUUGGCGCCAACGUGUUCGCCAUCGACGUGGAUGGUCACACGUCUCAAGAGCUAGCCGCCAUCAAUGGCAGAGACGACAUUCUGAGGUUCCUGGACCAGGCGACCGCGAAGCUUGAGAAUAAUGACAAAAAAAAAGCUAAAGCCCUCAAAGACAAAGCGAGGAAGGACUACGAGAAAUACCAAAAACAGUAUCAAAAACGGCAGAGCAAAGCUGAGGUGUUAGCAGAGAAGGAGUUGAAGAAGCUCGCCAAGGAAUGGGACCAGGGGUACAAUGAUGACGUGGCUCCCAUGCCGCACCGACCCAGCAACGUCUUGCUGGCUCUCAAACAGAAGAUGACCAGGUCCACCAGCCAAGGGAAUUUAUUAGCGGAAGAACAACCAAGACCAACGUACAGCGCUCUAGUAGGAACAGUGAACUCAGCCGCGCGCGGCCGCGGCGCAGUCUACAAGAAGGCGUUAGCCAGCAAAAUCAAGAACAGCACAGUCGGCAGGACUGGACCUAACGACGAUUUCAAGGUCGGCGAAGUGGAAACCACCGGUCGACGUUCCAUAACCUCACUAUCAGGUUUGCGGCGGGACUCGGAAGUGAUGUAUGUGGGCACAUUCGGCGCCGGCGCACAGCAGCGGGCCGCCGUGGCCGAUGUGUUCACUGACCCUGAACUGAGGAGCAAACCUUCAUUGACCAGGUCGGCCAGCCAGCCAGACUUCGCAGCGGCGAGCGAGGCGGGCGUGGCCCAGGAGGUGCUGCUGCAGGAGCCGGCCAGCAUCUUCGACAGGCCUGGCUUCGGCAGCGUGGCUUUCAGACGCUCGAUAACGGCCACACUGAGCGCGCUGCCGGCGGCGCCGGGCGAGGACCUGUCCAUCGGCUCGGCGGGGUCAUUGGCCGCCAGGCACGCCUACCAACCUAACGAGUGGAACUCGCAACAUUCUGAAAGCUCAACUAUAACCUCUGACGAAGAAGGCGAAACCGAAGAAUCAGGAUACGCUUCUCUAGAGCGGUUCCUCACAGCGUGGGGCUUGGCGCAGUACGUACAGAAGUUCAAAGACGAACAGAUAGACCUGGAUGCCCUCAUGCUGCUCACGGAACCUGACAUGAAGACCCUGGGUCUGCCCCUGGGGCCCUACCGGAAGUUAGUCACGGCCGUGCAGGAACGGAAACAGGCACUGGCACACCCUGGCGCUAUAGUCGACACCGCGAUAUGAUAUUUCGGUUAGAAAAAAUUGUAUAUAAUAGACCUGGUGUCCACCGAAAUCAAGAUUUUAAUGUAUAUUUUUGCUAAGACAAUGUAUGAACUUAUGUCGAUAUACCCAUGUAUCUUUUCUAUCGUAACAUCAGUGACUACGCUUAUUGCAAACAUAUUUGAGGUCAUCCAUUACUUAAUUAAAUUAUUUGGAGUUUGUUUCACCGCUAUCUGAUAAAAUAACAAAAUAUAAUCUGAUAGAUAAACUAAAUACUAAUAAAUCUGCCUGAUGUUAUUGGCCAAAUGGACCUAUCUAAUACCUGUGUAACACCAUUUUUGACGCUUACUGUAUCAUAUGUUACAGUUAGGCUAUCUGAUACUUUAUCAGCAAGCGGUGAAACAGACCUUACAAAUUAAAUUGACCUUAUAAAAAAAAUAUUUUCUUAUACUGCAAAUAAGAACUUAAAACUAUGCACUAUUUAACAAGCGGAUCUUUGCAAGAAUAUAAUGCGGUCAUCCAAAUAAAAAGGACCUUAUGGCGCCCGACACUUAUGCCACCCUUGCCGUUGUUUUGUAUUCGAACAUCCGCAAUAAAGGCCUAAGUGCCAGCCGCCAUAAGGUCGCUUUUGAUUUGGACGACCACAUAUGUUUAAACUUCUCCAAUACACUUGAAAACGUCCCAUGGACGAAUUUUUUGAUGACAUAGAGUCCAUAGUAUGAGGAUAAUGUUUUAUAUAUUGUCACUCAAAACUGUCUUAUGUAUUACAACUACGAACAUUAUUUACCGAUUGCACCAUUUUAGUAAAUAGCUGUGGAUUAAGUAAAAAAGAAACACAUAUUUAUGAACGAUUAGAAUUAUACAAAUUGCCGACCAUGUCAUAAAAACUUAUUACUACUGAGCAUGUGCUCAGAUUCAAAUGUGUGAUUAAUACUUGCUAAUGCAAACUUUAUUGAAAUAAAUAACUGCACUCCAACAUAUCUGUUCAUGCAAACUGAAAUGAGUUACUACACUAAGACUGUAUUUAAUCACUAUGCAUUUCAGACCAAAUGUACUACUUAAUUUGGCAUUUUGAUGAUAUGAUUGAAGAGACCAAUUUGACCUAUUUAUAACGCACAUAUGGAGGGCCAGUUACCACGUAAGUUUCCUUAAUCUGAAAUUGUGUCUCAUCAAUUCCGACUUACAAUAUUUUAGAAUAAUAUUUGCAUAAUUUUUUGGUACAGUCAACGGCACAUCAAUAUAUCUAAAAUCAUUGUAAAUGCGCCGUUAUUAUUUUAGCAUAAAGAUCUAUGCUAGGUAACUUGACAUGUGGUUGAAUUUAAAAGCAGUUUGAAAUUGUAAAUUUAUUUUUUCGUUUGACUUUAGUAUUAUAGGGAAAAGAUAGGCAAUAUAAGCAAUGGAAACUUAGUUUUAUUUGCUACUACAAAGUAUUAUAUGAGAUUUUAUAUAUUAGUUCAAACGAAGCAAUAUUAUUUUUAAUUUUAUUGUACUUAACAAAAAAAUACCAACUUACAUGAAGUAGGGAAUAGUUUUAUUUUAUUUUAAAACAAGGAAAGCGGACCGGUCGCUCCUACGCUGAAAGGCUGAGGAAGAAACCGUAAGAACGCUCACAUAAUAAAAGAGUUCCAAUUUACAUAAAAUCCCUUGUUCGUUCCAUAACUAAAUGGAUUUUUUUCCAAGUAUGUAUUAAUUUCCAUACCUGUUUACUUUGUAAAUGUUGAUAUAGAUAAUAUUUUUAUAGAUUAUAAUUAAAUGUGAUAAUGUAAUCCAUUCCAUCCGUGUUACGUCCAGCAUAGCCAUAUUAAGUAUUUUGUGAAGUAGAUUCAAUAUACAUUUUAUAACAUUUUUAAA